AUGGCAAACAGCGAGUUCCAAUACGUCAGGUCCUUCGAGACAUGGGAUGCGCUACCACCCUCCAACUGGAUCGUCGUACGAAUCGAUGGACGAGGUUUCAGCAAACUCUGCAAAAAGUACGAUUUCGCCAAACCGAAUGAUCGGCGAGCAUUGGAUCUCAUGAACGCAGCGGCAGUGGAAGUCGUCAGGUCCUUUGUCGAUAUCGUGCUUGCAUAUGGCCAAAGCGAUGAAUACAGCUUCAUCUUCCACGAGAGCGCACAGCUCUUCGAGAGGCGAGCGGUGAAACUGGCGACGAGUGUGGCAACGCAGUUCACGGCAGAGUACUGCAUGUUGUGGCCGAAGUACAUGCAAGGCGUCGAGUUAGAGAGACCUUGGCCGACUUUCGAUGGAAGAUGCGUGUGCUAUCCGAAGCGCAAGAUCCUGAGGGAUUAUCUUGCUUGGAGACAAGCGGACUGCCACAUCAACAAUCUUUACAACACGACUUUCUGGAACUUGGUGCUGAAAGGGGGCCGGACUGGUACUGAAGCUGAGGAAGAGCUGAAAGGGACCGUUAGUGGAGAUAAGAAUGAGAUCUUGUUCACCAAGUUUGGGAUCAACUAUAACAAGGAAGAUGAGAUCUAUCGCAAGGGAACGGUCGUGUAUCGGGCGUAUGAUCUGGAGGUCAAUGGCCAAGAAAGGAACAAGGAAGCUACCGAGGGAAGCAAAAGUCAGCUCGAGAAGGAGAAGAAGAGGAAAAUGAAGGCUAAGAUCGAGGUUGAGCAUUGUGAUAUCAUCGGUGACGGCUUCUGGGAGAAGAGGCCGUAUAUUCUGGCUUCGAAGAGAGGAGAGGAUUACGGGGAGUGA